AUGGCCUCACUGCCUCAAAUGGACGCAAUCGAGCCUGCAACAGUUCAGUCUAAUCGUGACCUCUCUGAUCAUGUCGAGAAAACGGCGACUGCCGACUCCGUUGCUGGCUCGGCAGAUCAACCAGUUGAUCUUGACACCGAAAGCAACAGCGGAGAUCCAGAGCUCCAAGAUCAAUCACAGCGUCUACCAUUCUUCCGACUCAUUCUUGCCUACCUCUGUCUAUGUUUCUGCUACUUUAUCUCAUAUCUCGACAUGAACUCUGUCGCAACAUCAUUGCCCACUAUAUCUGAGGCUCUCGAUGCUGGUCCGACUGUUACAUGGGUCGGAACGUCAUACCUUCUCGGCCAACUCUCAUUUCAGCCACUUUAUGGAAGAAUAUCCGAUAUCACCGGACGAAAGCCCAUCCUAUUGUUCUCAAUGUGUUGUAUCGUGGUGGGUGGUCUCCUCUGUGGCUUCGCUCGUACGCCCGUCUGGCUGUAUGUCUGUCGUACGAUCAGCGGCAUUGGCGGAGGUGGCAUAAGCUCCUCAGUGGCUAUCAUCCCCGUUUCUGGGAGCUUCAAGGAAAAGGCUCGCAAGAUUGAUUGGAUGGGUGUUAUGGCCUCAAUAGCAGGUAUCGUGCUGACGGUUAUGGCGAUCAAUUCUGGUGGAAGUAUGUGGGCCUGGAAGAAUGUGAAGACCGUCUCCAUCCUCACUAUCGGCAUCGUUAUGCUGUUUGUCUUCAUCAUUAUUGAGGCUUUCUUUGCCCGAAUCCCCAUCAUUCCCUUGAGACUGUUCAGGCAGAAAUCCCCAGCUGUUCUCAUCCUCACAGGAUUCUUGCACGACUUCGCGUGGCAGUCUACACAGUACUUUGUUCCUCUCUACUACCAAACUGUUCGUGGCUUCACGCCUCUGAAGAGCGCGAUGCUCAUAGUACCGUUUCUGCUCGCGCAAGGACUUGCUGGCGCUGCUUCAGGGCCUAUCAUGGCUCGUUAUGCAAGAUACAUGCCGAUCUUACGGACUGGUUUCACAAUUUGGACGAUCGGUGCCGGCCUCAAACUUCUAUUCAAUGAGCACACUCAUGCCGCCGUCUACAUAGUAGUUCUAGCUGUUGAAGGAGCUGGGAUAGGAUGGGUCCAUCAGCCAGGCCUUGUUGCACUACAAGCCAACUCUGCAGACGAAGACCGUGCUGUAGCGACAGGAACCCGCAACGUCUUUCGCUCCCUCGGCGGCGUUGUUGGUAUCGCUGUGUCCACAGCUGCAUACUAUGCAACUCUAAGCAAAGCCCUUUCACAAACCAGCGCGGUGCCGGAAUGGCUUCGUGGCCGUGUUUUGGAUGGAACCUGGGCUGUUGGAGACCCCAACACACCAGAGUUCGAAAGCGCUAUCAUCGAUGCGCGCAUGCAAGGUUUUCGAGUGAUCUUCAUGACAACUAUACCUCUUAUGGCUCUAUGUCUCCUGGCCAGUUUCUUUGUGGAUGAUAUCCUGCUGAAGGGCGACGCUGGCCAGGGAGGUAUGAGAGAAGGAGGCCAGAUGACGAGGUCAACAAGUACUCCCACGGUGCCAUCGGACACCAAGAGGGAUGACUCGCAGCAGGCGGAGGCUUCUAAGGGACAAUAA